UCUUUACUAUCAUUUCGUAUUAGUGUAGCUGAAGAUUUAUUGAAAUCGAAUCCACAGCCUCUAUCAUCACAGAAACGCGGCCGUCCAUCAUUACAUUCAAUAGAUAAAGAAAAUCUUGCACCAAUUCCACCUAGAACUGCACCUGGUCCAGCUCCAUCAACAAAUUCUCGUUUCGACAAAAAAAUGAACUCCACACCAUUUUUACCCCUUGUGGCUGGAUGUUGCCAAAUGGCAACAUCGAUAAUUACUUCGGAAGAUUUCUAG